CAGUUUCAGAAGUUCGUCGGACUCAAAGGGCAUCAACAUUGCUACCAGUGGUUGAAUAUUACGAAGGUUUUUGUUUUGUCGGUAUUGUUUGCUCCGUCUUCUAAUAUGGCAGAUCUACUAUAACAAUGUGUACAAAAUAUACACGUUCUCAAAAGAGAAUUUGAAUUUGUUUCGACUCAAUUUGUUAUACCCGAUCUGAUCUAAAAUAAAAUAAUAUCAAAACUGCUGUUGUGUUCAAACACACUUUGUUUGAAAUGAUGUCUUCACACAAAAAAAGAAAACAGAAACGGAGAGAGAACCACCGAAAAGAGGCUGCUGAAGUCAGUUCAUCAAUGCAAACAUGGAUUGAAAGCUCCAGCAAGUCAGCAGUGAUGUCAUCCUCCAGUGAUCCAAUGACUGAGAGGCUUGAGUGUUCAAUCUGUCUGGAAGUGUUCAAUGAUCCAGUCAGCACUCCAUGUGGACACAACUUCUGUAAGAUCUGUCUGAAUACAUACUGGAACAACAGUCAAGACUACAGAUGUCCAAACUGUAAAGAAACAUUCAAGCAGAGACCUGAUCUCAAGAUUAAUACAACACUCAGAGAUUUUGUGGAUGAACAUAAGAAGAAAUCUCCAGAAGAACAAGUUGAAGCUGAAGUUGUGUGUGACAUCUGUACUGAAGGAAAGCUGAAGGCUGUGAAGUCGUGUCUGGUGUGUCAGAGCUCUUACUGUGAAACUCACCUGGAGUCUCAUUUGAGAGUGUCAGGAUUACAGAAACACAAACUGAUUGAUCCUGUGAAGAAUCUGCAGGAUUAUAUAUGUCAGAAACAUGACAGACCUCUGGAGCUCUUCUGUAGAGAUGAUCACACAUGUGUGUGUCUGUCCUGCACUGAUGGAGAUCACAAGUAUCACAACACUGUUCCUUUAAGAGAGUCUGAGCUACAGGAGAUGACGGACCAGAGGCCGGAGGAGAGGCCAACAGGAGCAGAUACACAUGAUAAAUAUGUCAUCAAAUAUCUGGAGCAGGAGAUCAGUGAAAUGAAGAAGAGAAACAUUAAGCUUCAAAUGAUAGCAGAGAAGCAGAGAGCAGCUGAGACACAAGAUAAAUGUCUUAUUAAAGAUCUGAAAAAGGAAAUCACUGAGAUACAAUGGAGAAACAAAGAGUUGGAGAUGGUGAAACAGAAGCAGAUCACAGCAGAAAAUGUCAUUAAAGUUCGAGAUCAGGAGAUCACUGAGCUGAAGAAGAGAGAUGCUGAGAUGGUGAUUGUGAAACAGAAGCAGAUCACAGCAGAGAACCUCAUUAAACUUCGAGAUCAGGAGAUCGGAGAGCUGAUGAAGAUAAAAAUUGAGCUAGGGAUGAGAGAUGCCGAGCUGAAGAAGAGAGAAAUUGAGCUGAAGAAGAUAAAUAUUGAGCUAGUGAUGAUAGAUGUUGAGCUGAAGAAGAGAGAAGCUGAGCUGGUGAUGGUGAAACAGAAUCAGAUCACAGCAGAAAAUGUCAUUAAAGUUCGAGAUCAGGAGAUCACUGAGCUGAAGAAGAUAAACAUUGAGCUGAAGGUGGUGAACCACGGACUAGUAGAGAAUGUCAUUAAAAUUCAAGAUCAGAAGAUCACUGAGCUGAAGAAGAGAAACACUGAGCUGGAGAUGGUGAAACGGAAACAGAUAACAGCACAAAGACAGAAUGAAGAUGUUAUUAAACAUCUGAAGGAGGAGAUCACUGAGCUGAAGAAGAGAAACACUGAGCUGCUGAUGGUGAAGCAGAAGCAGAUCACAGCAGAGAAUGUCAUUAAAGUUCGAGAUCAUGAGAUCACUGAUCUGAAGAACAGAAACACUGAGCAGCAGCAGAAGAUCUCAAACACUGAAGAUAAUCUCCUCCUCCUACAGGUAAAACAUCAGGAAUACUUGAGUCGUCAGCAAAAGUCUUCAUCUGAGGAUUUGUGUUCCAGGAUUGUAGGAGUUGUCCUGUUAGUGUUGUUCAUUUUUGCAUCUGCUCGACUUGAAAUGUUGCAAAAAGAAUUCAUUGAGCUGCAGAUGAGAAACGGUGAACUGGAGACCGAGAUGCUUCGCUGCAAUGCUGGCAGACUUGAAUUCGCUGAGCUGCAGAAGAGAUACGGUGACCUGGAGACAGAGAUGCUUCGCUGCAAAGCUUGCAGACUUGAAUUCACUGAGCUGCAGAAGAGAAACGGUGACCUGGAGACAGAGAUGCUUCGCUGCAAUGCUGAUUGUAGAUUUGACUCAUUUUGGGGAUGUGUUAAAAGAACUUAUUCCAUAUGGAUCCGCUCCCCUGUCGCACAGAGUCUCACGCCGGCCGGGUUCAUGGAUCUCAUGGACCAACGACACAAAACGGCCAGUUCCGAUCUAAAUAUUUCAUCAGUGAUUGUAACAGUGAACACAUCUGAUCUUCACUCACAGGGAAAAAUGUCCUCUAGAGACCUAAUGUGUUCAAUCUGUCUGGAUGUGUUCAAUAAUCCAGUCAGCACUCCAUGUGGACACAACUUCUGUAAGGUCUGUCUCAGUACAUACUGGAACAACAGUCAAGACUACAGAUGUCCAAACUGUAACAAAGCAUUCAAUCAGAGACCUGAUCUCAAGAUUAAUACAACACUCCGAGAACUUGUGUAUGAAAAUAAGAAGAGAUAUAAGGAGAUCACUGAUCUGAAGAUGAGAAACAUUGAGCUGACGAAGAGAGACGAUGAGCUGAAGAUGUUGAAGCAGAAGCAGAUCACAGCAGAGAAUGUCAUUAAAGUUCGAGAUCAGGAAAUCACUGAUCUGAAGAAGAGAGACGCUGAGCUGGAGAUCAUAGACGCUGAGCUGAAGAAGAGAGACGAUGAGCUGAAGAAGAGAGAUGGUGACCUGAAGAAGAGAGAUGCUGACCUAAAGAAGAGAGAUGCUGAGCUGAAGAUGGUGAAGCAGAAGCAGAUAACAGCAGAGAAUGUGAUUAAAGUUCGAGAUCAGGAGAUCACUGAUCUGAAGAAGAGAGACACUGAGCUGGAGAUCAUAGACGCUGAGCUGAAGAAGAGAGACGAUGAGCUGAAGAAGAGAGACGAUGAGCUGAAGAAGAGAGAUGCUGAGCUGGAGAUGUUGAAGCAGAAGCAGGUCAUAGCAGAGAAUGUCAUUAAACUUCGAGAUCAGGAGAUCACUGAUCUGAAGAUGAGAGACACUGAGCUGGUGAUGGUGAAGCAGAAGAAGAGAACAGCAGAGAACAUCAUUAAACUUCGAGAUCAGGAGAUCACUGAUCUGAAGAAGAAAAACAUUGAGUUGAAGAAGAAAGAUACUGAGCUGAAGAUGAGAGACGCAGAGCUGGAGAUGAGAGACUCUGAGCUGAAGAUGAGAAACGCUGAGCUGGAGAAGAGAGACACUGAGCUGGAGAAGAGAGACGCUGAGCUGGAGAUGUUGAAGCAGAAGCAGAUAGCAGCAGAAAAUGUCAUUAAAGUUCGAGAUCAGGAGAUCACUGAGCUGAAGAUGAGAAACACUGAGCUGAAGAAGAGAGACGAUGAGCUGAAGAUGAGAGACGCUGAGCUGAAGAAGAGAGAUGCUGAGCUGGAGAUGUUGAAGCAGAAGCAGGUCAGAGCAGAGAAUGUCAUUAAAGUUCGAGAUCAGGAGAUCACUGAGCUGAAGAUGAGAAACGCUGAGCUGAAGAUGAGAGACGCUGAGCUGGAGAAGAGAGACGCUGAGCUGAAGAUGGUGAAGCAGAAGCAAACCACAGCAGAGAAUGUCAUUGUAGUUCAAGAUCAGGAGAUCACUGAGCUGAAGAAGAGAAACACUGACCUGAAGAAGAGAGACGAUGAGCUGAAGAAGAGACAUGCUGAGCUGGAGAUGUUGAAGCAGAAGCAGGUCAUAGCAGAGAAUAUCAUUAAAGUUCGAGAUCAGGAGAUCACUGAUCUGAAGAUGAGAGACACUGAGCUGGUGAUGGUGAAGCAGAAGAAGAGAACAGCAGAGAACAUCAUUAAACUUCGAGAUCAGGAGAUCACUGAUCUGAAGAAGAAAAGCAUUGAGUUGAAGAAGAAAGAUACUGAGCUGAAGAUGAGAGACGCAGAGCUGGAGAUGAGAGACUCUGAGCUGAAGAAGAGAGACUCUGAGCUGGAGAUGGUGAAACAGAAGCAGAUAACAGCAGAGAAUGUCAUUAAAGUUCGAGUUCAGCAGAUCAUGUAUCAAAAUCAGGAGAUCACUGAGCUGAAGAAGAGAAACACUGAGAAGCAGCAGCAGAUCUCACACACUGAAAAUAAUCUCUACCUACUACAGGUACAACAUCAGGAAUACUUGAGUCGUCAGCAUACACCUUCAUCUGAGGAUUUGUACUCAAGGAUUGUAGGAAUUGUCCUGUUAGUGUUGUUCAUUAUUGCAUCUGUAAGACUUGAAUUGUUGCAAAAAGAAUUCACUGAGGUGCAGACGAGAAACGGUGACCUGGUGACAGACAUGCAACACUGCAAAGCUGUUAGUAUUGCAUUCACAGAAAUGCAGAAGAGAAACGGUGACCUGGAGACAGAGAUGCUUCGCUGCAAAGUUAGACUUGAAUUCACCGAGCUGCAAAAGAGAAACGGUGACCUGGAGACAGAGAUGCUGCACUGCAAAUACUGUGGAGUUGACUCACUUUGGGGAUGUAUUAUAAGAACUUACUACUCCACAUGGAUCCACUCUCCUGUUUUCCCUGCUGAUAAAAAAUAUGCACCUGCUGGAACGUAUUUAGUGGCGCUGCAAAACGUGUGCAGAGUGAUGCCAUCCUCCAGAAAUCCAGUGACUGAGAGACUUCUGUGUUCAAUCUGUCUGGAAGUGUUCAGAGAUCCAGUCAGCACUCCAUGUGGACACAACUUCUGUAAGAUCUGUCUGAAUACAUACUGGAACAACAGUGAAGACUACAGAUGUCCAAACUGUAAAGAAACAUUUGACCAGAGACCUGAUUUUAAGAUUAAUACAACACUCAGAGAAUUUGUGGAUGAACAUAAGAAGAAAUCUCCUGAAGAACAAGCUGAAGCUGAAGUUGUGUGUGACUUUUGUACUGAAGGAAAGCUGAAGGCUGUGAAGUCGUGUCUGGUGUGUCAGAUCUCUUACUGUAAAACUCACCUGGAGUCUCAUUUGAGAGUGUCAGGAUUACAGAAACACAAACUGAUUGAUCCUGUGAAGAAUCUGCAGGAUUAUAUAUGUCAGAAACAUGGAAGAUCUCUGGAGCUCUUCUGUAGAGAUGAUCACACAUGUGUGUGUCUCAUCUGCAGUGUGACGGAUCACAGGAACCACAACACUGUUCCUAUAAGAGAGGAAGAACGUCAGAAAGAUUUGAGUCGUCAGCAGAAGUCUUCAUCUGAGCAUUCCCUUAAAUUCUGGUUCCUGGCUGUGGGAGUCCUGUUUGUGUUGUCUGCUUGUUUUAUUCAGACUUACAAAGACAAACAACCCCGUGAAGCUGAAACAUCAGAAAGACUUAAGGCAACAAAAACAGAAAUCACUGAAUUGAAGAAGAGAAACAAUGAGCUGAACUUAGAGAUUCAACGCCGUGAAGCUGAAUUGAAGUUGAAGUUGAUGCAGCAGUAUGCAGUGGAUGUGACUCUGGAUCCUGAUACAGCUCAUCCAUUUCUCAUUCUGUCUGAUGAUGAGAAACAAGUGAGAGAUGGAGACAUUAGUCAUAAACUCCCAGACAACCCAAAGAGAUUUGAUAGAUGUUUAAUUGUUCUGGGAAAGGAGGGAUUCUCAUCAGGGAGAUUUUAUUAUGAGGUUCAGGUGAAGGGAAAGACUGACUGGACUUUAGGAGUGGUCAGAGAAUCUGUUGACAGAAAGGGAGAGAUCACACUGACACCAGUGAAUGGAUUCUGGACUGUAGUUUUAAGAAAUGAGAACGAAUAUAAAGCUUGCGCUGCUCCUGAUGUCUCUCUGUCUCUGAGAGUAAAGCCACAGAAGGUGGGUGUGUUUGUGGAUUAUGAGGAGGGUUUGGUCUCCUUUUAUGAUGUGGAGAACAGAUCUCAUAUCUAUUCUUACACUGAUCAAUCUUUCACCGAGAAACUCUAUCCAUAUUUUGGCCCACGUAACAAUAAUAAAGGUAAAAACUCAAAGCCGUUGAUCAUCACACCUGUCAAUUAAACUUAUGAUAUUUUUUAUAUCUGAAAUACUAGACAAAAGAACACUUUCUAUACAUAAUGAAAAGGAUUAAGUAGAAUUUUUCUUUUCCAUUUCCAAUACUGCUGUAUAUGCGGAUUAUGUUUAAAGUGUUGUCUUAAUGUUUCUACAUUGCCUCAGAAUGGUGUAUAAAUUACAUGUCUGCUGAUAUUCUGAUAUAUAAUUAAAAUGUAUGUAAAUUUUGAAUUUAAAUUUAAAUUAAUGACAAUGAUAAUUUUUUUAUUGAGACAAUAUACACUAGAAAUAGUCAUACCAUGUACCAUGUAGUCAAUGGUACAGUACAGUGAUGAAAUCAGAUGGUUAUGCCUCAGAGGGGCGGCUGGACCAUUAGUGUGACACACAAGUGAGAAAACAAGGGAUGUUUUUCUGUCACAUUCACUCUCAGUGUUAUACUUGCUGUCAAUAAACAAUAGUCUUGUUCCAGUUGACCUAUUCUAGCCUGACACAAACUGACAUUUACCGGUUGCAGAUAGAAUAAGUAAUAAAAACACAUCAUCAGGUUUGACACUUCAUGCUGAACCUGCGACAGAACACAUGAUUUUGCUGUUUUUAUUACUAAGUGGAUAUGAUAGAAAUUUUGAAUUAUACAGUGAUUCUCAAACUGGAGACCCCAAUAUGAAUCCAGAGAGGCCACAGAUUUUGUGGCAUUUUAUGAAAUAUAGAAAUUUAUUAUGGAUUUUACACAAUCAAAUAACACUAACCAAUGAAAAAUAAGACCACCAAUGAAAAGAAAUGAUGUUCCAGCGUUGUAUAUGUUUUUGAGUUUAAGAUUAUAAAUCUUAUUUUUAGAAGAUGCAAAGUGAUGCACUCUACAUAAGGGGGGCCUGCUUCUAUUGUGUUUUGUCGCGUCAAUUGAUGAAAACCAUUAUAAUUAUUAUGAGGAUGAUAAUAUCCAUAUUGUAUGCUUUAUGUUGUGUAAGUUAUGUGUUUUCCCGGUUUACUAUA